AUGUAUUUAACAAAUAUUUUUGUGCGACGUUGUUUAAAAAAAACGAUUUUGGAAAGAUAUCAAAGACACAAGAAUGCAGUAACUGUGUUUAAAAUAACUAGUAAUAAAUAUUACCAUCAAAAUGUAGCUGAUUUUUACGCGGGAAAAUCUAUAUUUAUUACAGGUGGUACGGGAUAUCUCGGAAAAGCAUUUAUAGAAAAGUUAUUAUAUAGUACUGAUGUUGAGAAAAUUUAUAUGCUUAUUCGAGAAACACAACAAUUAACGGCACUUGUAAGGCUUAGUGACAUGCUUGAAAAUCCCGUAUUUACAAGGAUAAAGAAGGAAAAACCAAAAGCUUUAGAGAAAAUCGUACCUAUUCUAGGUGAUAUUGAGAAACCUAACUUAGGUAUGACAUCUACAGAUGAAAAAACAUUAAUUGAUAAAGUUUCAAUUGUUAUUCAUUCGGCUGCUACAACAAAAUUUAAUGAGCCGUUAUUGAAGGCUUUACAAAUUAAUUAUGAAGGGACUAGAAAAGUUUUAAGUCUUUGCAAAAAGAUCAAAAAUGUCCAGGCUUACAUACAUAUUUCGACGGCAUACACAAACACUGAUAAGAAUGUGAUUGAAGAACGAGUAUACCCAAUGCCGGUGGAUGUUAGUUAUAUCUACAACGAAUUGGCACGUAUUGGAAAUAACAAAGAUAAAAUUUCAACUCUGCUCUAUGGAAAACCUACUACAUACACAUUUACAAAGGCGUUAGCAGAAUCUUUAAUUGCUACUGAACACGAAAACAUACCUACAGUGAUAAUAAGACCAACUAUGGUGGCUUCGUCUUUCAAUGAGCCGUUAAAGAAUUGGACAGAUAACAUGUCGUUUCAUACAACAAUUUUACUGAGCGGUGCAACUGGACUAAAUCGGGUAAUUCGCGGGAAAAGUUCUAAUAUUGUUGAUUUUGUACCAAUUGAUUAUGUAACUAACUUCACUUUAGUUGCGGCGGCUACAUUACCAAGGUCCAGUAAAUUGGCAGUGUACAAUUGUGGGACAAGUUCAAUAAAUCCUAUCCAUUUGGAUGAAAUAUUUAAAUAUUUUAACAAAGCAAAUAUUAAGUUUAAUUCAAACGAUUCGAGAUUUCCUAAAGUUUUUAUUGUAGAGUCUGAAUUAGCUCGAGAUAUACUAACAUUUAUAACACAAAUUAUUCCUGCGUAUGUUUUUGAUACGUUACUUAAAAUUAAAGGAAAACAAACAAGAUACGUGAAGCUACAGAGAAAAUUUAUAUACGCUCGUAACAAAUAUGAAUACUUCAACAGAUAUUCUUGGAUUUUCAAAACUGAUAAACUUCUAGAUAUUUACAAGAAUAUAUCUGAACAAGAUCGACGGGAGUUUCCUUUAAACCUUUCGGAUAUUAUUUGGCCUGAGUACAUGAUGACAUACGCCAAAGCGGUACAAGAGUUAUUACUAACACAAAAGAAAGACAACAAAACUAUGCCCUAGCAUAAAUCGGACCUCACUGUCAUCCAAAACUUAUUUAGUAGAUUCCAAGUCUAGCUUGACAUUGCCGCAUUUUAAGUAUUCUAGUAAGUUUACUAUUAAAGGUUUAUUUAUAUUUUUUCUUAUUUAACUGGUAUAUUUGUUAUUAUUGUGUCUUUUUAAU